AUGUAUCCAAAAGUGCAUGAAGUUGUGCAUUCCAUCCCAGAUCAUAAAAAGUAUCGACGAGACAGUGCCUCAGUGGUCGAUCAGUUCUUCACUGACAGUAGUGAAGGGUUGCCUUACAGUAUCAACAUGAGUGUCUGUACACAUCUGAGAACUGGCCUUGUCAAACCUCAGAGGCCGACGGUGGCCCAUAUUAAGACAGAGCCCAUUACUGCCUUCAGCCACCAGAGUGAAACUGCUCUUCCAGUUUUUAACCACCAGGCGCUUCCUGAGUUUACGAGCAUCUUCAGCCCCCACCAGGCUCCCAGUGUGAACAACCUCUUCAUCAAACAGGAGCUUCCCACUCCAGAUAUUCACCUCUCUGUCUCGGCGUCCCAGCAGGGCCAGCUAUAUCAGCUUCUGAGCUUGCCGGAUAUAGACAUGCCAAAUCCUACUACGCAAACUGCGGUGAUGGACUCCCUUAAUAAUGUUUCUAUGUCCUCUGCCAUGGCAGGCCUUAACAAGUUGUCCUCUGCUAUGUCACAGAAUACAAUGAAACAGUUCCAAGGGAUCCCCCAGUGCACAUACCCAAUGCCAAAUCAGUUUCUUCAGCAACAAGCCACUUAUUUCCCUCCUUCUCCUCCAAGCUCAGAGCCUGGCAGUCCAGACAGACAAGCAGAAAUGCUACAGAACUUAACCCCUCCUCCAUCUUAUGCUGCUACUAUUGCCUCCAAGUUGGCAAUUCACAAUCCCAGUCUGCCCACAAACCUCCCAAUGAAUUCACCAGCUAUCUCUACAGUCAGAUACAACAGAAGGAAUAACCCAGAUUUGGAGAAGAGACGUAUUCACUACUGUGAUUAUCCUGGUUGCACUAAAGUGUAUACGAAAUCUUCCCACUUAAAAGCGCACCUGCGAACUCAUACUGGAGAGAAGCCAUACAAAUGCACAUGGGAUGGAUGUGACUGGAGAUUUGCUCGCUCCGAUGAGUUGACCCGCCACUAUAGAAAGCACACUGGGGCCAAACCUUUCCAGUGUGCCGUGUGCAGUCGCAGCUUCUCUCGGUCUGACCACUUGGCUCUGCACAUGAAGAGACAUCAGAACUAGGCUGGACUUGUUCAUGAGGCUGUUGGUAUCUAUGCAACUCCCUAGUGACUCAACUCAAGUAUAUACAUUCAAUUAGAACUAGCUAAGGAUUUCACUGUAUAUGGACUCUUCAUUUUAAAACA